UUGCACAAGUCUUUGUUUCUAUGCGUGAACAACACCCAGACAACUGGUUUUCUAUUCAGCUGUCAUUUCGAUGUGUUUGAUCGAGACCAGGCGGUAGUGGAUAACUAGAUGCUCCUUAAUGAUCUGUUAUACUGAUGGAUUCUAACAACUGGUCAAAUUAUAGUUUUCCAACGUGUAAUGUCUCCUGUGGACGCGGUGACUGGGUUGGCCAGAGCUGUACUUUUGGUCUGCAUCUCCCCUGUUUGGUUGUAAAUGUGACAAAUCACAAUAACACAUUCAACCUCACUAUGGGUCAAGACAGGGGGAAGUAUGAUUUUUACGUCGGUCUUGGAUUAGCCAUCAGUUCCAGCAUCUUCAUCGGGGGUAGUUUUAUCCUCAAGAAGAAAGGACUUCUGAGGCUGGCAUGGAAGGGAUCGAUGCGGGCAGGCCAAGGUGGUCAUGCAUAUCUAAAAGAAUGGCUAUGGUGGGCUGGUUUAAUAUCAAUGGGUGCUGGAGAAGCAGCCAACUUUGCAGCAUAUGCUUUUGCUCCAGCAACUCUGGUCACUCCUCUGGGAGCCCUCAGUGUCCUUGUCAGCGCGGUUCUGUCAUCGUACUUCCUGACGGAGCGGUUAAACCUGCACGGGAAGCUCGGCUGCAUGCUUAGCAUUCUGGGUUCUACCACCAUGGUGAUUCACGCUCCGCAAGAGGAAGAAAUCAGCAGCCUUGAAGACAUGGCCAAGAAACUGGUCGACCCAGGAUUUUUCGUCUUUGCCACUCUUGUCGUCAUCAUGGCUCUCAUCUUCAUUUUUGUCGUGGGUCCCCGCCACGGUCAGACCAACAUCCUAGUCUACAUCACCAUCUGCUCAGUAAUCGGGGCGCUCUCUGUGUCCUGCGUCAAAGGACUGGGCAUCGCCAUCAAGGAAGCAAUCGCAGGGAAAAACAUAGUAAGAAACCCGCUGGCGUGGAUCUUGCUUUUGGGUUUAGUGGGCUGUGUGAGCACACAGAUCAACUACCUAAACAAGGCUCUGGACAUAUUCAACACCUCGCUGGUGACGCCCAUCUACUACGUGUUUUUCACCACAUCUGUGCUCACCUGCUCUGCCAUCCUCUUCAAAGAGUGGGAACACAUGGGCACAGACGAUGUGAUUGGCACCCUCAGUGGCUUCCUCACCAUCAUUGUGGGCAUUUUUCUGCUCCACGCCUUCAAAGACAUUAACGUUAGCUUGGCCACUCUUGCCGUUUCCAUGAGGAAGGAUGAACGCUCCUGUCCUGCAGUCAAUGGCAUGGCCUCCCACAGCAGCUAUGAACUGCUACAUAACGAGACCACAGAGGACAUAGAGGACAGAGAAAUGGGUUUACCUUUUGAUAGUGUCUCUAGAAGGAAUGGAGCCAUGGCUUCAUCGUAGGAUUUUUUUUUCUGACAUAACCAUGGCAUUGUUGUAGACAUGGUUUAGGAGAACAUUGAGACAAUCGAUUGGUGGGGGGUGGGCGCGGACAGACCAGUGGAUUGUAUUCGUUUUGAUUUGCCUUACUUUUCUCAGAGUUUGACUUUUGUCACGUUCAAUUACAGAAUUAUUUCAUUCCUCUGUAGCUCUGUAAAUACUUUUUUUUUUUAAGGAAAUGUUAUGUUAUAUGUACAUGCAUUGUCAUGCACUGACUUAAUUUCUAUGAAUCAAAAAGAAAGUUUUAAUAUAUAUUCUGUAUCAAGUCCUGCUGACUACUACAUUUGAUAAUACAUUCACUUUGAUUUGGGUUUCGUGAUACUUGAACAAUUUAUGUCAUUCUGACCUUUUUUGGGGGGAGGGGGGCAGGGUAGUUUUUACAUGAAAAGCUCUUGAGAUGAACCAACAGAUUUGUUACAUAUUUAUUGAAUUAAAAUGAUUAAAACAUUUCAAACAA